AUGUUGUUUUCUCUAAAAUGCUUUCUCUCUUACUUAUUCUUCUUUCUCUUUUUUCUAAAGAUUGUUACAUGUCAAGAUAAUUGUUCUAAGGUUCAAUGCAGUAGCGCUGGGAAUGAACCAGAAAUCGUCACCCCUUUUGGAAAUAAAGAUCUUCAGGGUGGAGGAUGUGGUUACCCGGGCUUUAGUCUUACAUGCAAUAUUCUUGAUAAAACAGUUCUAAAACUGCCACAAUCGGGAGAAUUUCUUGUUCGGAAAAUCGAUUAUGUUAACAAAGAGAUAAGGCUUUACGACCAGAAUAAUUGCCUUGCGCAACGUCUUCAACAACAGAACUUAAAUGUCAAUCUAUCGCCUUUCAAGGCUUAUGCUUACCAGAUUUAUAACUUCUUCAAUUGCCCAGCAUCAAUAACCAGUAUUCCAAAUGCCCUUGCAGUUCCUUGCCUUAGUAACCCAACAAACACUGUACUAGUUACGGUUCCUUCAAGCAGCGAAGUUGAUAGCAAUAUUACCAAAGUAUUGGUUAAUGGAGGAUGUCAGAUAAGUGCUCCUGUUACGAUACCUAUUCCCUUCAGUGCUAUAAAUAAGGUUUCUUCUUAUGAUUUUAGUAUUGAUGAUCUUUAUCUUACAUGGAUUGAACCGAAAAAAUCCGAACAAAACAAACCCGAAUCCAACGAUCCAAAAGGAGAAGAAAACAGUUUUGAUUGGAAAAAGUUACUAACAAUAGGUUUUCCAAUUCUCGGUGCGAUUGCGGCAAUAGCAACCAUAGCUGAUAUUCUUCGGAAGAGAAAACGAAGAAGGCAAAAAAAGCAAGAGCAGAAGGAGCGAGAGCAAAAGGCGCGGGAGGAAAGGGAGCGGGAGGAAAAGCCCAGACAACCCCCACAACACCCCCCGCAGUACCCCCCACAACACCCCCCGCUGUACCACCCGCAGCAAUCUCUGCCGUACCAACAACACCCCGCACCGUACUACUCACAACACCCCCCACAUUACCACGGAUAUGCAUGAGUCAUUCCUCUUGAAUUUGUCAGAAUAACUGAAGAGAGGUAUGUAUUCAUUUUGUACAGGGGUUCCAGUACAAAUCUGUUGGGGUUUUAUUAUCAUUAGCUAUCUGAUCACCAAAUGGAAUGUCUUUUGAUACUUUGUUGAGGCAUAGAUAUUGUAGUUAUCUUUAUUUUUUGUGUUGGUUGUCUUUGUUUUUGCUGUUUCUAUCACCCUGCGUGUUUAUGCCUUUGCAAUAUAUA